AUGAUCACCAGUCCGAACACCAACACCACACCUCUAUUUACCUUGUUGGCUACUUUCCCCACCACCACCCCCGAUACCACCUCCCACAGUACCCGCAGCUUCACUUCUUCAGCCAUUUACUCCACAGCCAGCACAUCCACAACUGCCAUCUCCUCAGCUUCCCCUACCUCAGGUACCAUAGUGACUUCCACAACCAUGACCCCAUCUUCUCUGACUACAGACAUCCCUUCGACAACACCAACAACUAUCACCCACCCUUCUGUGGGCUCUACUGGCUUCCCGACUACAGGAACAGACCUCACAUCAACAUUCACUGAUUCCAGUUCCUCAGCAAUGUCCACAAGUGUCAUUCCAUCUUCCCCCAGCAUCCAGAAUACAGAAACCUCAUCCCUUGUUAGCAGGACCUCUGUCACCACUCCCAGCGAGAGACCAACUCUCCCAAGUACUGACAGCACUCUGACAAGUUCCCUCCUGACGCCCUUCCCAAGUACAUAUUCAUUUUCCUCUUCCAUGUCUUCCAGCAGUGCCGGGACCACUCACACAGAGACUAUUUCCUCACCUCCAGCCAGCACCAGUACACUCCACACAACAGCCGAAUCCACCCUGUCACCCACUGCCACCACCUCACUCACCACAUCCACAACGAUGGAACUACCUUCAACCACUGUAGCAACUACAGGCACAGGCCAGACCACCUUCCCCACAUUCCUUGAGACCACCACACUGAUUGCUACAACUGACAAGUGCACAGAAUCUCUCACAACAGCUGUGACUUCUCCUCCCAUUACUUCAUCAGUCACUUCCACAAAUACAGUGACUUCUGUGACAACUACAACCUCUCCUCUCACAACCACAAAUUAUUUUACAUCACUGACCAGUAUGACUCUGUCUUCUACACCUGUCCCAAGCACAGAAGCAAUCACCAGUGGCACCACAAACACAAUCCCUCCAUCUAUCUUGGUGACCACACUCCUCACUACAAAUGUCUCAUCUAUGACAACAUCUGAGACCACCUAUCCUAAUUCUCCGAGUGGCCCUGGUACAAACUCCACGACUGAAAUCACCUAUCCCACCACUAUGACAGAGACAUCAUCCACUGCCACCUCUAUUCCACCCACUUCUCCCUUGGUCUCAACUGCAGAAACAUCCAAAAGUCCUACCACAAACUUGGUAACCACCACCACCACCACCACCAAGACCGCCUCACAUAGUACCUCCAGCUUCACUUCUUCAAGCAUCUACUCCACAGCCAGCAGAUACACAACUGCCAUCACCUCAGUUCCCACAACCUUGGGUACCAUGAUGACUUCUACAUCCAUGAUGCCAUCUACUAUGAGUACAGAAUACAGAAAUCUCAUCCUUUGUCAGCAUGACCUCUGCCACCACUCCCAGUGGGAGGCCAACUUUUGCCAGUACUCACAGCACUCCGACAAGGUCCCUUUUGACCUCCUUCCCAGGGACGUAUUCAUUUUUGUCUUCCAUGCCUGCCAGCAGUGCUCGGACCACUCACACAGAGACCAGCACAUCCACAACUGCCAUCUCCUCAGCUUCCCCUACCUCAGGUACCAUAGUGACUUCCACAACCAUGACCCCAUCUUCUCUGACUACAGACAUCCCUUCGACAACACCAACGACUAUCACCCACCCUUCUGUGGGCUCUACUGGCUUCCCGAUUACAGAAACAGACCUCACAUCAACAUUCACUGUUUCCAGUUCCUCAGCAAUGUCCACAAGUGUCAUUCCAUCCUCCCCCAGCAUCCAGAACACAGAAACCUCAUCCCUUGUCAGCAUGACCUCUGUCACCACUCCCAGCGAGACACCAACUCUCACAGAAUCUCUCACAACAGCUGUGACUUCUCCUCCCAUUACUUCAACAGUCAGUUCCACAAAUACAGUGACUUCUGUGACAACUGCAACCUCUCCUCUCACAACCACAAAUUAUUUUACAUCACUGACCACCAGCAGAUACACAACUGCCAUCACCUCAGUUCCCACAACCUUGGGUACCAUGAUGACUUCUACAUCCAUGAUCCCAUCUACUCUGAGUACAGUCAGCACAUCCACAACUGCCAUCUCCUCAGCUUCCCCUACCUCAGGUACCAUAGUGACUUCCACAACCAUGACCCCAUCUUCUCUGACUACAGACAUCCCUUCGACAACACCAACGACUAUCACCCACCCUUCUGUGGGCUGUAG